CGACAAUCCCACCAGCAUUCACCAUCGCAAGCACCCCACGAUCUAGUCACACGUAUCUCUGCCUGGCCUCUCGAAGCUGGCUUGUCCGAUAUUCCUUUCCCCUUCAUCCUGCCUGGCUCCUCACACAUGUUCCACCCGCAGCCCUGGUCCAACUGCGGAUUUGAUGAUCCGAGGGAACUUCAGCCUGCGUUGGCAAUAUCGUAGCCAAGAUGGAAAAGGAGGUGACAAUAUACAUUGUUGACCUGGCCCGGUCGAUGGGCAGGAAGCACAAUGGUCGAGACCAGAGCGAUCUCGACUGGGCUCUACAGUGGGUUUACGACAAAAUCACCAACGUGGUCUUCACGGGUCGUAAGACGCUUCAGGUCGGGGUUGUUGGACUCGGCACCGACGAUACCGACAACGAAAUGCAAGGGGACCCCAGUUACAGACACAUCAGCGUGCUUCAGCCAGUUGCCCAGAUCCUGAUGGCCGAGUUGCAGAACUUGCCCAGGCUUCUCAAACCCAGCGGGACAGACGACCGCGAUGUUCUCUCGGCCAUCAUCAUUGCCGUCGACAUGAUGAUGAGGCAUUGCAAGCAUCUCAAGUACAAAAAGAAAAUUGUCGUGAUCACCAAUGCGACGGGAAGUCCGAUUGACGACGACGACAUCGAAAGCACGGCGGAACAAUUCAAGAGCAAUAACAUUGAAUUGGUGGUGUUGGGCGUGGACUUUGAUGAUCCAGAAUAUGGAUUCAAGGAGGAAGACAAACCCGAGCUCAAGGGGAAGAACGAAAGGAUUCUGCAGAAACUGGUUGAUCUCAGUGGAGGAGUGCUGGGAACGAUGCAAGAAGCCAUCGACGAGCUGUCCCGACCGCAAAUCAAGCCGGUCCGACCGACGCCUACAUAUAAAGGCCAAAUGAAACUUGGUGAUCCAACCCAGUAUGACACGGCCUUGUCUAUCGAUGUCGAACGAUAUUUCAAGACGUCUGUCAGACGACCUCCCACGGCUAGUGCAUACGUCGUAAAACCCAGCGACGGCGCAGAGCAAGACGACGCGGAGAAUGUCACUAAUGUCCACAACCUGUACAAGUAUAAAGUCAAGGGCGAAGAGUACGAAGGCGGAGCCAAGGUCCUGGACCGCGAAGAACUCGCCAGAGGGUAUGAAUACGGGCGAACAGCGGUACCGAUCUCGGAGUCGGAGCAAAAUAUCACCAAAUUGGAGACAGAGAUGACAUACGAUAUUCUGGGUUUCAUUCCAGCGGAAAACGUGGAGCGAUACAUGCUAAUGGACAACACAAACAUGAUCGUCCCGCAAAAAGGCAACGACAAAGCGGCACUCGCUCUCUCCUCCUUGAUCCAUUCCCUCUACGAACUCGGAUCUGUAGCCAUCGGCCGUCUUGUUAAGAAAGACAUGGUGGAACCAAUCCUCACGCUCUUGUCACCGCUCGUCGAAGCAGACUUCGAGUGCCUGAUCGAGAACAUCCUCCCCUUUGCAGAAGAUCUCCGAUCCUACCGCUUCCCGCCCCUAGAUAAAGUCCUCACUGUCUCCGGAAAGGCAUUGACCGAACACCGCAAUCUUCCCUCUGAAAGCCUAUUGCAAAGCAUGAGUGAUUUUGUGGACAGCAUGAGUCUACUCCGAGAUGAGGACGAGGAAAUGAUGGCCAUCGAUGACACAUUCUCACCUCUUCUCCACACGAUCGAGAGCGCGAUCAAAUACCGGGCUGUCCACAGCUCCGAUCCAGAGAAGAAAAAUGAGUUCCCGAAAAGACCAGAAAGAUUCGACUCACUUCAAGAACAACCUCCGGAGCUGCGGGAGCGUGGUAAAGGAGCGCUUAGACGCCUGAUUGAGGCAGCAGAUGUGAAGAAAGUGCCCAGUAAAGUCAAAGGGAGAAGACGAUAUCGCGAUAGAGAGGCAGAAAAGCCUUUAUCGGGACUCAAUGUGGAGGAGUUGUUCCGCAAAACCCGACCAUCUACCGAGCGCGGGAAGGUCCAUAUUUCGCCGGACAACGCAAUUCCAGAGUUCAAACAAUUGUUGGAAUCGACGGGUGAUAUGGAAAUUGUAAAGGAUGCGGUGAGACAGAUGCAAGAGAUCCUGGAGGGAUUGGUGAAGAGCGAUUUCGGCGGCCAGAACUACCCACGCGUCGUGGCGGGUUUGGGUGAGAUGAGGCAGGAGCUAAUCGGAUAUGAAGAGCCAAUGUUGUACAAUGCCGUCAUGCGCCAGCUCAAGGAGAAGAUCUUUCGCGAGCAGUUGGGUGGGAACAGACGCGAGUUGUGGUGGACCAUUCGCAAGAGCAAGCUCGGAUUGAUUAGCAAGGAUGAGGAUGACCGGUCGAGUGUUGAUGCAGUGGAUGCAGAGGAGUUUCUGAACAAAGUUCCCAAGCCGCAAGGGUGAGCCAUUGUACCCUAGAAUGGACAUGGAUCCAGGGAAUGAGGGCGGUUUCCAAAAGUGUUGUUUUGUGUACCAGAUACCACGAGUGAUGCAUGCUACGACGAUUACAUCUCUCGAAGCAGGAUGUUGAUGAUAGUCAUGAUGGUCAUGAUAUCUUCCCG